AUGUGCACGGCAUGUGGGUUCACCUCCACCACAUACGACCCAUGCAUAGACAUCUCACUGGAUCUCAUCCCUCCGGAACCUUCCGGAACAAAAACAAAAACAAAGACAGACUCCCAACUAACACCAACACUAAUCGGUUGUCUAGACCGGUUCACGCGACCAGAACGGUUAGGAUCGGAUUCAGACCAGAAAUUCUUCUGCCAACGAUGUAAAAUCCGACAAGAAUCCUUAAAACAAAUGUCCAUAAGAAAACUCCCAUUAGUCUCGUGUUUCCACAUAAAAAGAUUCGAACACUCUCCUGUUAAAAAACUGUCGCGAAAAGUCGACAGGUAUAUGCAGUUCCCGUUUUCUUUAGACAUGUCUCCGUAUUUGUCUUCGUCUAUUUUGAGGGGUAGAUUUGGAAACCGGAUAUUUGCGUUUGAUGGGAAUGGGAAUGGGAAUGAGAAUGAGGAACAGGAUUUCAGUUCUGAGUUUGAGUUGUUUGCGGUUGUGACACAUACGGGGAAACUUGAUGCGGGACAUUAUGUGACGUAUUUGAGGUUGAGUAAUGAGUGGUAUAAGUGUGAUGAUUGUUGGGUGACUAGGGUUAACGAGAGUAUUGUCAGGGGUGUUCAAGGGUAUAUGAUGUUUUAUGUUCAGAAAAUGCUUUUUUAUAAAGCAACUGACAAAAUCUGA